GCAUCACUCUUAAGGUUUCUCGAGUAUCCGUCGGCAUCCACAGCCUCGGAUGAACAGGUGAACGGCGGAGGAAGCAAAAUAAGCUUUCUCUGUACUAUAGCAAUGGAGGCCAAUCUCUGUGCAUCCCUAGGCCUCCCAUCCCCAGAUCCCCGUAAUCAAUACCACCCACUAAUCGACACUAACUUCACCAAUCUCUUCACUCACUUCUCCUCUCCCUUAUCCACCCAAACGCCGCACAACCCCGUCAAAAAACACAACAAACCCAUCACCAAAUCCCUUCCAUUUGCUUCCAAUUCUCUCUCUUCUAACACCAAAAGCACGCCCAACUUCUCGAAAUGGCUCGAACCCACUUCAAGAAACAGCCCCAAAGUCCAAUCCCUCAUGAAGAACCUCUCAGUCCUUGAGCGAGCCCUCAUUGGAGCUGGAGGUGGUGGCAUAGCUGGUGCAUUUACUUACGUAGGCCUGCACCCGCUUGAUACCAUCAAAACAAAGUUGCAAACGAAGGGUGCAUCUCAGAUUUAUAGCAGCACCCUCGAUGCUAUAGUCAAGACAUUUCAAGAGAAGGGCAUUUUGGGGUUCUAUAGCGGCGUAUCUGCGGUUAUUGUGGGUUCUACAACCUCUUCAGCUGUGUAUUUUGGGACUUGUGAAUUUGGGAAAUCGAUUUUGUCCAAAUUGGAGAAGUUUCCAUCUGUGCUUAUCCCUCCUACUGCCGGUGCCAUGGGAAAUAUCGUGUCAUCAGCGAUUAUGGUACCGAAAGAAUUGAUCACACAGCGAAUGCAAGCUGGUGCUAAGGGAAGAUCAUUUGAGGUAUUGUUGAAAAUAUUGGAGAAAGAUGGUAUUCUGGGUCUGUAUGCUGGGUAUUCUGCAACUUUGUUAAGAAAUUUACCUGCUGGUGUGUUAAGUUAUUCUUCAUUUGAGUAUUUAAAGGCUGCAGUAUUGAGUAGAACUAAAAAGAGCCAUUUGGAGCCUAUUGAAAGUGUGUGCUGUGGAGCAUUGGCUGGGGCAAUCUCUGCAUCUAUAACCACACCGCUUGACGUGGUUAAGACAAGGUUGAUGACACAGGUGAACAAGGAAGUGGUGGAUAAGGUCGCAGCUGCAAUGUAUAGUGGGGUUUCUGCUACUGUGAACCAGAUUCUGAAGGAGGAAGGAUGGGUCGGAUUUACCAGGGGAAUCGGUCCUAGAGUGGUUCAUAGUGCUUGUUUUUCAGCGUUGGGGUACUUUGCAUUUGAGACAGCUAGGCUUGCUAUUUUGCAUCAGUAUUUGAAGCAUAAAGAGUUGCGUGAAAUGGAUGUUGCUCCUGUUUGAUUGAUGGCUAUGAAUGGAAUGUCAGGUGCUAUUGUUGGCGAAAACUUUUAUCCUCUAUUUUUUUUUUUCCUUAUAGAUAUAACUGGUAAUUGCUUCUCUAUAUGAUCACAAUUUGGCUAUAUAAACUUCGAGUUAUUCUGUUAAAAAUGGUAUGGAAGAAUGUCUUGUUGCACAAA